AUGGUACAAGUUGUAUGGAGGCAUGGAGAAAGAACACCAACUCAUGGAUAUCCAAAUGAUCUUUAUAAAGAAGAUUAUUGGGAAGCUCCUUAUGGUACAUUAACUAAAAAUGGUAUUAAACAACAAGAAAAAUUAGGAAAACGUUUAAGAAAUAUGUAUAUUGUAUCAAAAAAGUUUAUUAGUAAAAAAUAUAAUCCUAAAGAAAUACAAGUAAGAUCAACUCAAAAAAACAGAACCAUUGAAAGUGCUUAUGCAAAUUUAAGAGGAUUUUAUAAUAUUAAAUCUUCCAAAAAAAUUCCAAUUUUAACUGAUUUUUUUGGUAUAAAUGAUAUUUGGUAUAAAGGAAAAUCAUGUCCAAGAUUAAAUGUAUUGAUUAAUAAUAGAAUAAAAUUUAUUGAAAAAAAAGUUUAUAAUGAAAACAAAAAUUUUAUAUGUAUGUUAGAAAAAAAAUCUGGAUUUUCUAAAAUGUCAUUAAAUAAGAUAAGUGAUUUAUAUGAUAUUCUUUAUAUUCAAAAAAAAUUAAAGAAAAAAAUGCCAAAAUGGUUAAAAAAGAAUAUUUUUAGAAAAUUAAGAAAAUUAGCAUGUGAAGUUUAUAAAGUAAUUGAUGGUGCUGCAUCAUUUGGAAUGAAAGAGGAUCUUGAAAUAACUAAACUUUAUGAAGGUCCAUUAUUAAAAACAAUUCUUGAAUAUUUUCAAACAAAAAUAAAUGAUAUUAAGACAAAAAAUAUUAAGUUCAAAUAUUUUCCAUCAUAUUAUAAUAACAAUUCUUCAAAUAAAUUAAAAUACGUUGCAUAUUCAGUUCAUGAUUUUACAAUAUCUGGAUUAUUCUUUUCAAUGGGAAUUAGUGAUUUUAUGGAAAAUGAAAGUUUGACCAUGGAUUUUACAGCAACACUUUUUUAUGAAUUAUAUAUUAAUAAAAAAAAUCAAUUUGAAAUUAAACUUUUUUUUAGUAGAAAUUAUGCUAAAAAUAUUAUUGAUAUUACUAAUCGAAUUAUUGGAUGUAAAAAAAAGAAAAUUUGUUUGUUUAAAGAUUUUAAGAAAAGAAUACUUAAAAGAAUUCCUACAAGUAUAAAAAAAGAAUGCAAUUAUAAGUAA